AUGUCGAAAGAAGUUAAAAGAAAAGUUAUUUCUUUAGAAACUAAAAUCGAAAUUUUGGAUCGCUUACGAAAGGGAGAUAGAGUAGUAGAUGUUGCAAAAUCAUAUAGCAUGAAGGAAGCUACAAUAAGAACUAUUAGAAAAACUGAAAACACAAUUAGAAAGAGUGUUGCAGCUGGCAAUACCACGAGUAUGGGCACAACAUCAUACACCAGAAAUAUCGCAACGGAAAAAAUGGAGCAAACGUUAAUGCUUUGGAUAGAAGAUCAAACACAAAAAAGAGUACCCGUUGAUACGGGCGCUAUAACAAAUAAAGCAUUACGAAUUUACGAAAAAAUUGUAGAGCAAUUACCAUCUUCUUCUUCAACUGAAAAGAAGCCGAUUUUUUUGGCAAGUCAUGGCUGGUUUGAAAGAUUUAAAACAAGACAUUCUUUACACAGCUUAAAAUUAAAAGGUGAACUGGCUUCUGGUGACGUAGAUGCAGCCCAAGAAUAUCCAGCAAAUUUUGCAGAAAUUAUUAACGACAAUUCAUACACCCCUGAUCAGGUUUUCAGUGCUGAUGAGUCAGGGUUAUUCUGGAAAAAAAUGCCUGAAAGGACUUAUGUCUCAAAAUUUUAUAAAUCGGCUAGUGGUCAUAAAGCAGCAAAAGAUCGCAUAACAAUUCUUUUCUGUAGCAAUGCUUCAGGAGAUUAUAUUAUGAAACCAUUAGUGAUUAACAAAUCAAAAAUGCCCCGUGCCUUUAAAGGAGUAAACAUCAAUAUUCUUCCCCUUUAUUGGAGGGCUAAUAAGAAAGCGUGGGUUACUGCUGCAAUGUUUACUGAAUGGUUUCAUGAAUGUUUUAUCCCAGAUGCCAAAAAAUAUUUAAGUUCAAAGGGAUUGCCUUUUAAAGUGCUUUUGUUAAUUGACAAUGCGCCGGGUCACCCACAAGAUCUAGAAUAUGAGAACGUUGAAGUAAAAGGUUUACCAUAA